AUGGCACCUAACCUUGACGCUGACGGCAAUGAGAUCGACCAUCCAAAUGCACAAGGUCGUAUCCUCGCUAAUGGGAAAUUUUUGUGUGGGAUCAACAACUGCGGCGCCGAGAUGAAGAACGCCCGCCAUAACAUCAGUUCCCAUAUAUCUAAGAAACACCGUAUCAAUUCGGCGUUCCUACAAGCAGACGCCAUCAAUAGGCGUUGCUGCGGAAUUUGUGGUUUCAAUGCCACAAAGUUUCAUCUCCUGGUCCAUCAUGUCCGCACCAGGCAUGGUUUUCGUGGUAGAUCCAAAGUCCUCCAGGACCAGUAUGCCACUACCCAAGUUGAUGACGAUAUCCAAAUCCCAAUUGGUCAGUGUACCGCAUAA